AUGGUGGCCAUUGUUCUCAUCGGAUACUAUCUCAAAGUCUUCGAUCCCAAAUUAGACCCUUUUCGAAAAGAGGGCACGCAAGAUUUUACCCAGUAUCCAAACUCGAUCGACAUUUCAGUCCACGAAAUCCUACAAAGCCUCCCAUGGCUUAAACUCCAUUCAACAUCUGUUUCGUCUCGACAUUCCAGGAUUGGCACAGCAUUGAACGUUUGCGUCCUCAUGUUCGCCGACGUCCAGAUCUUCACAUCAUUAGCAAUUCUCAUCGGCGCAUAUGCCUCAGUGGGCUGCGAUAUCGUCGCUUAUCAUUGGCAAUACAUGAUCUACCUGGCAUGGCUUGCUUCAAUAACUCACAUGGCCAGUUUGUCAUUUCUUCGCAACCAUCUCGCCAAUAAUCUUGCAAAGCGUGCAUGGCGUCUAGUGGCCAUGUGUAUAAUCCAAGUUAUGCUAUCCGUGGCAGUGGGACUGUCGAUGACCUUUCCCGAGAGUAACGGCUAUGCUUAUGAGGAUCCUUGGCUCAAUCACGGUGGCCGCCCUGCUAUCUGCUAUUUUAGGGAGGGGGUAAAGGCAGAUUCUGUGAAUUUUGAAUCAGCUAUCAAGUUUAUCAUCCUUCUUGUUUGGGGGUUCGCUAUUCGUAUUGCAAAGACGUUUAGGGGGUUCGAAGGCGGGCUCCGUGAAACUGCAUCUCGUCUAGAACAAAGGGGUAAUAAGCUCAGAAGAGAUGAUUCAGGCUCUAUGGGAAGAGAAUGGGAUCACGCAUUUGCUAGUGCAUCUAUAUCCCGUCGUGUCUGCGGUUACUUCUUUGUUCCUAUUCAGAUCGGGAUCUACUCAGUCUUAAGUAUCCAACUUGAUCUCUUCACGUCGCUCCUAGCUGAGGUCUAUUGGUUGUUAUUUACUAUCAUCUGGAUUACGGCGCGCCUCAUUAAACUCCGAAUACCAGGCAAUCAAGACGAUAGCGAAUGGACUUUUGGCCAGGCUCUUCCUAUUAUCCUUCUCAUUGCGCCCCCUGCCCUGGCAAUAGAAGCCUUUUAUACGGUACCAACGAGCAACGAGCCGGCUAGCGACCCCCAGGAGAUUCCUGUGCUUAACUCAGACGACACCAGAGACCUGAGCCACAUCCACAGCUCCGCGUAUCGAGGGGUAUUCUUCUUAGCAGCCCUCUCGUACAUCGAGAUCGCGGUCUACUUCGUUCUCGACAGACCAGAGACGCAAGGCAUCACCGCGCCCCUUAGUGUGAUCACUUCCUCGGUAUUCAUGCUCCAGCCCGCGCUGCAGCUUUCCUGGGUUGUCUGCAACCUAUGGCUUGACAAGAUGACUUGGGACAUGCCGCUGAAACGCACAAUUCACGAUGUCGUCCUAUUGGUAUCUUCUGCUAUUUCGCUUGCCCAGAAUUUCAUCCCGGGAGAUUUCUGA